GAGUAUGACAACUAUGACUUCAUACUGUGUUGUGUGCGCACCCUAGGCAACGCAAGCAGCUUCCACCUCACCUACCCUGCUCAUGUCUUUCUCUGUGAAACCAUUUCUUCCACUUUCUCUAAAACUCUUCAACCUCUUCUAUUAGGGUUUCUUCCCCACUUGCCUCCUCCAUUUUAUUUUAUUUUAUUUUAUUUUAUUGAUUUUUAUGUGAGUUUCAAUGCCUGCAAUUUUGUCAGCUAAAUCAGUAGCGUGCCAAGCGUUUCCGAUUAUUGAGCGAGUUUGGCUGUUCGAUUCAGCAGCACAAAUCGCUCCCUAUCAUUUGAAUUAGCUGCGUUGGGUUCCUUUCAUGGCGCCUAGCCGCAGAAAGGGCGGUAGGAAAGCCGCCGCCGCGGCUUGCCGCCAAUGGAAGGUCGGCGAUCUUGUGCUUGCGAAAGUUAAGGGGUUUCCUGCUUGGCCUGCCACGGUAAGUGAGCCAGAGAAGUGGGGUUACUCUACUGAUUGGAAGAAAGUGCUUGUUUACUUCUUUGGGACCCAACAAAUAGCUUUCUGCAAUCCUGCCGAUAUUGAAGCAUUUACUGAAGAGAAGAAACAGUCUCUUGUCAAACGUCAAGGAAGGGGUGCUGAUUUUGUUCGUGCAGUAAAGGAGAUUAUUGAAAGUUAUGAAAAAUUAAAGAGAGAGACCCAAGUUGAUGAAACUUGCUCUAGUGGUGAAGUUGCUAAUGCAAAUGUCUCAAAGCCACUUGAUCCAUCUGCCAACUUAGGGUUAAAGGAUCAGUUGGAUGCUCCUUUGACGCAUAAAUCUUCAAAUUCUGUGACUGACAGACCUGAGCUAGUUUGUGCAGCUGAGGAUGACUCAGCUGUUGCACUGAGGGACAAAUCUUAUAAAAACGAGGCAUCAUUGGAGGAACCUACUGAUAUUACUGUUGUGUCUGCAACUGUAAAAUCACCCUUACCAGCAAAUUCCUCUUCUCUGAAAAGAUCUACAGACUUACACCUGGAGGAGGUCUAUGUAACACACAUAAAUGUACCAGUUCAAAGUUCUAGAUGCUCAUCACAGGUCCAAAACUCUGUUGCACCUUAUAGUGAUGGUGGAAAUACUGGUGGCAAUAUUGCUGGCAACAUAUCUGCUGAUGCAGUUCAAAAUGUGUCUAUAAGAAGGAAUAAACGUAUCAGGAUAUCACCUGAUCUUUUUGGCUGUGAUGAUACUGAUUCAUCUGCAUUUACCUCAAAUGUUAGCAUGGAGGACAAUGGUUCUUCUGAAAUUGUUACAAUCGACUCUGAUGCCAUUAGCCUAAAUGAAGGAAGUACAAUAGAUUCUAAUUUUAAACUUGAACACCCUGAGACUAUUGAGUGCCCCAAAGGUGAAGUUGAGUUAAACAAGGGCCUUGAUCUUGAAAUAAAGGCUGUCAUCAAUAAGAAGAAAAGAAAACUAAUCAGGAAGAAGGUAAAUAAUGAUGCUGCAAAGCCAACCAUUAGACAAGAGGAGGAGGCUGGUGUUCAGAAUGGCAGUCAAAGUUCGCAGAAUAUGUAUGCAAAUUCAAAAGAGCGAUUCUCUGACCAAGAUGGAGAUGAACACUUGCCUCUGUUGAAGCGAGCCAGAGUUAGAAUGGGUAAAUCAUCUUCCAUAGAGGCAGAACUCAAUAGCAUUGUACAAGUUCAAGAGAAGAGCUGUAAGGAAGAUAUUAUUGACUCACCACAACAGAUAAUCACAUCCUCAAAUUGUGAAAAUGGUACCCUUGCUGAUGGAGACAUAUCAACGUUGAAUGGAGCUUUGGUUGACAUUUGUCCUGUUAAGUUAUUAGCUCCAUGUUCUGAAAAUGGGUCUCUGAUUUGUAAAAUUAAGAAAGACCAAAUGUUUGGCUGCCCUCUGGAUGGUGAAGCUGCUUUACCUCCAUCUAAACGCCUCCACCGUGCUUUAGAAGCUAUGUCUGCAAAUGCUGCAGAAGAAGGUCAAGAUUGCAUGGACUCAUCAUCCUUUAUAAUGACAUCAAGUGGUAAAGGCUGUGUGUCUGCCAUCAAGAGAUAUCCUGGUAAGGCCAUUAAUGAUCCAGGGGGUAAUGAUUUAGAACUGCAAGGGUUGGAUUCUUGGGGCAUUGAUUGUUCUCAUUUCAGGGUGUAUAGUUUCUCAACCCAUUCAAAUCUAAUGAUUUCAACAGAAAAUAAUUUAUCUACAGAAGUGGAUAAACAGUUGACCAAGUUCCAACAACAUGAAACUGGCAAGGAUGUCAUUCCAGGUGCUAGACAGCAAGUUGGUAAGGAUCUUAGUGAUUCUUUGUUUUGUGAGCCUGCUAAAAUAGAUUCCCAAAUUCAGUUACAGGAAAAAAAUUCUCCUAAUCUUGAUGUGAAAUGUUGUGAAGUUGGAAGCAAUCAAGAUUCACCUGGUCCAUUAUUGCAACCAAAUGAUGAUGACAAUAUUAAACCUGCAAACCAUUCAAAUGCAUUUGAUACAUUAGACCAUGAUGGAGUAACUCUUGAUCCCGUGGCAGGAGCCAAUGAAAGUGGUAAAUUGUCACCUCAAAAUAUUAUUAACAUGCCUCAGAAUGUUGUUGUUGUUUGUGAGGAUACUCCAAGCUUGAAGCGAACAGUUGGUGACAGCAGCAAAAUUAAUGACAAGCAUGAGGUUGUGAAAGAGGUAAACAUUAAAGGACUAGAGGAGGAUAUGAAUUCUAUUUCAAUAUCCAAUGAUUGUUCAGGUGAGAAGGGUACUUUGGGCAUUCUGUCAAGCCCAUCCUUGACUGAUGGGGGAGUUUGCCGUCCACAAGGUUCACCUCCAAAUACAUCAGUUUGCAAUGUUUCUACAUCAGACAGUAGUAAUAUCCUUCAAAAUGGAAGUUGUAGCCCUGAUGUACACCAAAAGAACACUUUAUCCGGUCCUAUUGAUGGAUGGAAAGAUGGGACUGUGGAAAAUCAACAAUCAAGAUCUAUGGGCAAGUCAACAGAAGCAGGACAUGCUGCUUUGUUGUACUUUGAAGCAAUGCUUGGGACAUUGACUAGGACAAAGGAAAGUAUUGGUCGAGCAACACGUAUAGCUAUAGACUGUGUGAAGUUUGGCAUUGCUACUAAGGUGGUGGAAAUUCUUGUCCACAAUCUGGAAACUCUGUCAAGCCUGCAUCGGAGGGUGGAUCUGUUUUUUCUUAUUGAUUCUAUUGCUCAAUGUUCGCGAGGUUUGAAAGGAGAUGUUGGUGGAGUAUAUCUAUCUUCUAUGCAAGCAGUCCUGCCACGCCUAUUGUCUGCUGCUGCUCCUGCUGGUAAUACUGCACAAGAAAAUCGAAGGCUGUGUCUUAAGGUUUUAAGGCUGUGGUUGGAGAGAAGAAUCCUACCAGAACCGAUUAUUCGCCAUCACAUCCGGGAACUGGACUCAUAUAGCAGUUUGCCUUCUGCUGGUGUCUUCUCACGACGUUCAUUAAGAACAGAAAGGGCUUUAGAUGACCCUGUUAGAGAAAUGGAGGGUAUGCUUGUUGACGAAUAUGGAAGCAAUUCAAGUUUUCAGCUGCCUGGAUUUUGCAUGCCCCGAAUGCUUGAAGAUGAAGGGAGUGAUUCUGAUGGAGGGAACUUUGAGGCUGUCACACCUGAGCAUGAUUCUGAAACACAUGAAGUGCAAGAAACUACUCAUGCAACCGAAAAACAUAGACACAUGUUGGAAGAUGUCGAUGGUGAGCUUGAAAUGGAAGAUGUAGCUCCCUCUUUUGAUGUUGAAUUGAAUUCGAUUUGUAAUGUUGGAGGAGGAAAUGCCAGAGAGUUUGAGAAGAAUCUUCCUCUAUCCUUUACUGCUCCUUUACUACAUGAUGUGCCACCAUCUUCCCCACCCCCACCUCCUCCUCUACCUCCACCCCCACCUCCUACAUUGCACCUCAAGUCAGCCACCUCUGAUCGAUAUCACGCUGUAGUUGAUUCAAAAGUGUUUACAGAUUUACAGACAGUCAAGGACAACACACUCCAUUCUAUGGUUCAGCCCUUGGCUGCGCCAAGAAAUAGCCAACCUAUGAAUGAUGCAGUGCAGUUUCGAGUCACAGAAUGUAGAAACAUGCCGAAACCAGAUUCUACUUGCUCUUUCAACAGUUUCCCUGUACAACCACCAGAAAAUUUCCGGAAUUCUGAUGGUGUUACUAUGCAUAAUAAAGGUUACUCAUUACGGCCACCUCACCGUGUUGCAUCCAAUCAGUUCUCUUUUGUUCAUGGGGAACAUCAUGUGAAGCCUCUGAUGGAGGUUCCACCUCCCCCUUCAUACUCCAAUAGAGACCACUUUGCCCUGAACAUGAAGAGAGAGAACUUCUAUAACAAUCACGAGAGAUUAAAACCUCCUCCAUAUGAUUACCAAGAGAGAUGGAGUGUUCCUGCACCUUAUUCUGGUCCUCAGCAUCAUGACAAAGGUAUGCCUGCCCCUUAUGCUUGUCAUCCAAGUGAAUCAACUAGAUUACCAGGUCAUGGGUGGAGAUUCCCUUCCCAUUCAAUGAAUUACAGGGACUCCAUGCCUUUUAGACCACCCUUUGAAGAUGCAAUUCCAGUAGCAAACAGAGGCUCAAGCUUUUGGCGGCCAAGAUGAACAAAAAUUACCAAGAAAUGAAGGCGCUGGUAUACUUCUGUCUAUUUAGCAGGCCUUUUUAAUUGUGCUUCGACUGUGAGUAUUAUUGUUACUUAUUUCACUCAUUGAAUGUUAAAUAGACCGCUUUUUGGUGUGGGUCGUGUCUUUGUCUUUAUUUAGGAGAGGAGGUUUUUAUUCUAUCUUUCUGUACAUGCAAAAAAGUAUCUCCGGAGAGUUCAGCAGAAUCUGCACAGGUUAUGGUCAUAAUCUGCUAGAUUUGUAUAUAUGUAUUGUAGCCUCUUUCGCAGAAUGCAGAGCAGGAAGAGUCAUUGUAGAGUUGUUGGAAAGCUGUAACUUAUCCAGGUUGUCAUGUAUCAAAUUUUUGUUGUUGCAAAUUAUAUAAUUUAUUUCAUGGAAGCCCUUAUAGAUGUUAGGCCAAUAUAUUUUAGUUUUUUAAAUGGGCUGCAUGUUAAAAUUGAAAGGAGCCAUUGCUGUUGUUGCAAAGGUAAUAGAUUCGAUUAAUGCAAUUAACCUCU